GAAAACAUCAGAAAUUUGAGGUUGUGUGUAAAGUAAUGUCAGAUUAAUUCCUUUAACUUGUGAGUUUUUCGACUUUUUGAAAAGAUAGAAAUGGUUUUAUAGAAAGCACAAUGACUAUAGCAGAAUAUAUAACAAAUUUAUCAGAUAAUCCAUAUUUUGGAGCAGGAUUUGGCUUGUUCAGCUUAGGAGCAAGUGCUGCUGUGUUGCGAAAAGGGUUGCAAUAUGCCACAAUUUACCUCAGAAGACAAUAUAUGAUCACUUUAGAAGUUCCUUGUCGUGACAAAUCUUACCAGUGGUUAUUACAAUGGAUGACAAAUAAAGGUGCUAAAGAAACGCAACAUUUGAGUGUUGAAACUAGUUUUGAACAAAGAGACACUGGUCAUGUAAAGACCAAGUAUGACUUCAUUCCAAGUGUGGGCACUCAUUUCUUUAGAUAUGGCAGAACAUGGAUAAAAGUAGAGCGUACUAGAGAACAGCACACAUUAGAUCUACAUAUGGGGACACCAUGGGAAACAGUGACACUCACUGCUCUUGGAAGAGACAAGGCGAUUUAUUUUGAUAUUCUAGAAGAAGCUAGACAAAUGGCACUUAGACAACAUGAAGGAAAAACAAUUAUGUACACCGCACUGGGGAGUGAAUGGAGACCAUUUGGCCAUCCCAAACGACGUCGUCCACUCAAUUCUGUGAUAUUAGAUGAAGGGAUUAGUAAUAGAAUUCUACAAGAUUGUAGGGAUUUCAUAAGUAAUCCACUGUGGUACACACAAAGGGGAAUACCAUACAGAAGAGGAUAUCUUUUAUAUGGGCCCCCUGGUUGUGGAAAAUCUUCCUACAUAACAGCUUUAGCAGGUGAACUUGAAUUUGGCAUUUGUGUGCUAAAUCUCUCUGAGAGGGGCUUGAGUGAUGACAGGCUGAACCAUCUUCUUGCUGUGGCCCCUCAGCAAAGUAUUAUACUGUUAGAAGAUGUUGAUGCAGCCUUUGUAUCAAGAGAAGACACUGUGCAUCAAAAGGCAGCCUAUGAGGGAUUGAACAGGGUUACUUUUAGUGGUUUACUUAAUUGUUUAGAUGGAGUUGCUUCCACAGAAGCAAGAAUUGUCUUUAUGACUACUAAUUACCUGGAGAGACUUGAUCCUGCUUUAAUAAGGCCGGGAAGGGUGGAUUUAAAGGAGUACAUUGGAUGGUGUUCAAAAUAUCAGAUUGAACAAAUGUUUUUACGAUUUUAUGACGGAGAAAAGGCAAGGACUGCUGCUAAAGAAUUUGCCAACAAAGUUGUAGCUUUUGGUAAAAACGUUAGUCCAGCUCAGAUACAAGGAUUUUUCAUGUUUUACAAACAAGCCAAUUGUGAGGAAGUUUUAAAUAAUGCCGAUAUGAUUUGGAAAUUAUAAUUAAUUUAUUAGUGUAGUUGUAACCAAAUGUUUGUAUUACAUUUUGUUCUUUAUUGUUCUUUUUUGUUUUUUUCCAAUAAAAAUCUUUAUAAAAUCGCAUUUUA